UCCCGCGGGCGUCGGCAGGGUCGGCAGUGUCGGCGGCCGUGUCGGCGGCGGCCGGUGGAAAAUGGCGGAGUAUUUGGCCUCCAUCUUCGGCACCGAGAAAGACAAAGUCAACUGCUCGUUCUACUUCAAGAUCGGAGCGUGUCGCCAUGGAGACAGAUGUUCUCGGUUGCACAAUAAACCGACCUUUAGCCAGACCAUCUUGAUUCAAAACAUCUAUCGUAAUCCCCAAAACAGUGCACAGACGGCUGACGGCUCACACUGUGCCGUGAGCGAUGUGGAGAUGCAGGAGCAUUACGAUGAGUUCUUCGAGGAGGUCUUUACAGAGAUGGAGGAGAAGUACGGGGAGGUUGAGGAGAUGAACGUCUGUGACAACCUGGGAGACCACCUCGUGGGCAACGUGUACGUCAAGUUUCGCCGGGAGGAGGAUGCGGAGAAGGCCGUGAUUGACUUGAACAAUCGUUGGUUCAACGGGCAGCCGAUCCACGCCGAGCUGUCACCAGUGACUGACUUCAGGGAAGCCUGCUGCCGCCAGUAUGAGAUGGGGGAGUGCACGCGAGGCGGCUUCUGCAACUUCAUGCACCUGAAGCCCAUCUCCAGGGAGCUGCGGCGGGAGCUGUAUGGGCGCCGGCGCAAGAAGCAUCGAUCGAGAUCCCGGUCCCGUGAGCGCCGGUCCAGGUCCAGAGACCGUGGUCGUGGUGGCGGUGGCGGUGGAGGUGGCGGAGGCCGGGAGCGUGACAGGAGGCGGUCGAGAGAUCGCGAGAGAUCGGGGCGGUUCUGAGCCACGUGUUUUUACCGUAUGUCUGCUAGGAAGUGUUGUAGUUGAUUGACCAAACCAGUUCAUAAUGGGAAUUUUUUUUAAAAAACAACAAAAAAAAAACAAAGAUGGGUUUCUGAAUAAAAUUUGUAGUGAUA